GCUAAGCGGCAUUGGCAUUCUGACCUGGUAAGUCGCCAGUGUCGGGUCCGUGAGAUACCACCGGAGUGUUGUUGUGAGUGAGCGACGGAAGCACGCUUUUGCAUCCGUCAGGACAUUUAAAUAACCAUAAAGGUUACGGGCUACGACGAAUAUACAAACCGUCUGAGGGAGAGUCAAACGCGAUCAUCUCCUUUUCGUUCACGACGCGAGUCUCGUUUCUCGUUUCUCGCGUUCGCUUUUUUUUUGUUUUUGUUUUAAAUCUAUCGAGUACGCGAUACGCGCACGUGCCGCGUUUCUCGAGCGUCGCAUACACGUCGUACACGCAGGCGCGCUCGAGCAAGCUUGCGAGCUGAGUAAAAGGAAGAAAUAGAGCAGGAUUUUUCUCGAUAAUCGUCGAGAAACGCGCAACGCCCACGCUUUAUUUAUUUAUUUCUUCGCUAGAGAAAGAAAGGUAGAGAGAGAGAGAGAGAGAGAGAGAGAGUGGGAGAGAGAAAGACACAGAGAAACACGAAGAAAGAGAAAGAGAGAAAGAGCGUGUAAGUGCGAGGAAGAGACAGAGGACGACGUUCGAGGAAAAGAUCAACGCCCGAGGAUACGACGAGAGGUUAUAUAUACAGUACGUACAUACAUCUUUCUCUCUAUAGAGAAACAUCGUUCGACGACGAGAGGUGUAACCGAGAAGAGAAGAAUCGAAAGAAAGAGAUCGAGAGUUCGUUUUCUACUUACGGAAGAAAAGAAGAAGAAGAAAAGAAAGGAUAGACAUACGUAUCUCUGAACGUCCUCCUGUUUCUCAUUUAUUUUCCUGAAUUUUUUUUUGUUCUCUCUCUCGCACACACACACACACAUAUAUAUACACGCAUACACAUCUUCUCUCUAUUCGUUUACUCUUUAUCGCAAAUGAUAUUCCUCCGUGCAUCAUCCUCGUCGUUUAUCAUCGAUCUCUCGUUAAACUGUUAUACCAAUCGAAAAUAAAAACGCGAGAGUACUCGAGUGUUCUGCAUAUCCGUUUUAAAGUUGUUUACCAAAGACCGAAGGCACGUCUAUAUUUUCCUUCUCCAACCAUACGCGUACCCACGCUUUUUUAUAUAUAUUUAUAUAUACGUAUAUAUAUAUAUAUAUAAAUACGUACAUAUGCCUGGUUCUUCCUCUUUUUUUCCGUUUUUUUUCUCUUCUGCUACGUCGCUGUGUGUUGUAUUGUGAUCAGUGCUAAGUGCCGUUUAACCGGGAAAGAAAGACAAAAAAUCUCUCGGCGUACGAGAAAUAGAUAAAUACAUAGAAAGAAAGAAAGAAAGAAAGAAAGACUGAAGUCUCGAAAUAAUACUCUUCGGUCGAACUUUAUAUAUAUAUAUAUAUAUAUUUUUUUUAUUUUUGUUGCUUUCUACGAGAGGAGAACAUCGGCUAUAGUAGUAUACGUGCAAAAAGGACAAAGUGAACAGAAAAAGAAGGACAAGAGAGAAAUACAUAAUUCGUGAAAUUCUUCUCUUCGAGAUCGGACGGAAAGAAAGAAGGAAUAGAAUUAUAAAUACGUACAUAUCCUAUACGUAAUACCAAGUUGUAUAAACACAGAGAGUUGUAUUUGAGGUUAGAACAAGCCAUGGAUCUACUUUGUUGCGAACGAACGAGCGAGACAGAGUGCAGGGCGUAUGCCGAUCCAGCUUUGAUCGACGACGAUCGAGUUUUACAAAAUCUUUUGAAGACGGAAGAGAGAUAUGCUCCGAAUAGUUCUUAUUUCGAGUGCGUUCAGAGGGACAUCUCGCCGCUCAUGCGCAAGAUCGUCGCCGAGUGGAUGUUAGAGGUAUGCGAAGAGCAAAAGUGCCAAGAGGAGGUCUUCCCCCUAUCGAUGAACUACGUCGAUAGGUUCCUGUCGAUUUGUCCUAUCAGGAAAUCGCAGCUGCAACUAUUGGGAACGACCUGCUUACUUCUCGCUUCGAAAUUGCGAGAAGCAUCGCCGUUAACAGCCGAAGUCCUUGUUUUCUAUACGGAUAACUCCAUCACUCUUGAUGAUCUCUGGAGGUGGGAACAACUCGUAGUGUCGAAACUGAAAUGGGAGCUUUCGGCAGUGACACCGGGCGACUUCCUGAUACACAUUCUCAGCCGACUACCCGUAUCUGGUACCUGGGAUCAUAUGAUGAUCUUGAGGCACGCACAGACCUUCGUAGCCCUGAGUGCGAGAGAGUACAAGUUUUCGAUGUAUACGCCUAGCAUGAUAGCAGCUGCGAGCAUCGCAGCAGCACUUCAUGGACUCGAUUGGACUGGAAAGAGCGGUUUCGGAUUAGCCGGUCUUUUCGAUGAACUUACUCGCAUCACAGCUAUCGAACAGGAUUAUUUACGAGGAUGUUUGGAACAGAUCGAAGAGAUGGUUUCACAAGUACAAGGUGGUCACGUAAACGGCGAUGGUAAUGCUAAUGGCGAUACCGGUGUCGAUGGACAUCAAGUAGUUUCUAUGAGUGUUUCUAGUGGACAACAAAGGCCAUUGGGGGAACAAACUACAUCACAGGAGAAGGUAAUCGAACAUGAAAAGGCAGGUACGCCGACUGAUGUCAGGGAUGUUCAUUUCUGAAUAAGAAGAACGACGACGACGACGAUUACGACACCAGCAACAACGGCUGCAGCAACAGUAGCUGCAACAGAAGUAGAUGCAGCAGCAGCAGCAGCAAACGCACACGCAAUAACGACAAUACCAACAUCGACAACAAUAACAAUGACAUCGAUAACAAUAACGAUAACAACAGCAACGAAGUUAGAUACGUUAUUGAGACGUUAAAACAAACAGACACUACAGAAAAGAAACGUAAAAGAAGAUUGAAAUAAUAAUAUCGUCGUUGAACUUCGUCGUUUAUCUUCUCCUCUUUCUCAAAGAAAGAAAGACAGAGAAAGAGAGAGACGUGCAUCGCAGAAAGAUAAAUAACUAGGUAGGGAUAGAUAGUUAAAAAGAAAGUGACGCCAUCACGAGACUUCGUAAUUAUGUAAAAUGUUUUUCCUUUUAUUUUCCUUUUUUUUUAUUUUUUUUAUUUUUUUUUAUUUUUAUUAUAAUUAUUAUUUUUUUUUUUUUUUUUAUUAAGGAGUGGGCGUGCUGUGGGGGAAGGCAAUGCAAUACGCUUUACGCAUCAUUUAUUAAGUUUUUUUUCUUUCUUUCUUUUCUUUCAUUUUAUUUUUUUCUCUUUUUCCUUUUUUUCCAUCGUUCGUGUUUAAGGAUCAAUUAUCACUUAAUAUUUAGUUCGAUGAGAAACAGAUAGAUAAACAGAAAGGGAGAGGGAGAGGGAGAGAGAGAGAGAGAGAAAGAGAGAGAGAGAGAGAGAAAGAGAAAAUACACAGUAAAAGUAUAACGUUGAAAAGAUUUCGCAUUAAUUAUGAGAAAGGGAGAGAAAAUGGAUCUCCUUUUUUUCUCAUAGCGAAAUGAAAAAAAAAUCUUUUAGUCAUGUCGAGUCAUUUUAGUGUUCUUCUCCUUUUUUUGUACAUAGUUGUAACACUGCAUAUAUAUAUAUACAUAUAUAUAUACCCACAUAUAUAUAUAUGUGUAUAUAUAUAUACAUAUAAAUGUAUAUGUAUAAUAAGCGAAUAUAAAUAUCUUUGUGUGUGUGUUGUGUGUGUGUGUGUGUGUGUGAGAGAGAGAGAGAGAGAGAGAAAGGGAGAGAAAUAGUUGCGGAAAUUUAUUCUUAUCAAUCAAAUCAAUGACGAAGAUUCUUUUAUUUUUUUUUUUAUUUUUUAAAUAAAAAUUGUCAGGUAAAAAAUUGCACGUAGUAUAUACAUAUACUUAUACACACACACUUUAUAUAUAUAUGUAUGUAUAUAUAUAUAUAUAUACAUUUUCCGUUCCUUUCUUUUUGCGACACGUUUUCUAUUUUAAGUUACGUUGAAAUAUUCAUCCGAACUGUAAUAUCGAUAUAAGAUGAGAAUGAUUUUUUUCAAUAAUUAUAUAUAUAUAUAUAUAUGUGUAAAAAUAUUGUAAACGUAUAAAUAUGGCGGUGCGACCAUUCGCUUAUUCCACUCGGUUCCUAUGAGCGGUUGUGCCAAUCCUGCACACAUACACACACACAUAUAUAUAUAAAUAUAACGAGAGAAAGAGAGAAAUUGAAUGCGUGUGUCCCGUGUGGGAAUGAGAGAGAAAAAGAGAGAGGGGAGAAUGGUAGAAUUAAAAAAAAAUUUAGGGCGAAUUCUCGUGUGUGUAAAGAAAGAAAGAAAAAAAGAAAGAAAAGAAAAGAAAAGAAAAGAAAAAAUAAA